GGGACCGAGCCGCAGAGGCCUAGCGCCCAGGCUUCGGCGGCGACGGCGGCGGCCCGGGGAUGGAGCCCCUGCGGGUCCUGGAGCUGUAUAGCGGCAUUGGCGGCAUGCACCAUGCGCUGAGAGAAAGUUGUGUCCAUGCACAAGUGGUAGCCGCCAUCGAUGUAAACACUGUCGCUAAUGAAGUCUACAAGCAUAGUUUUCCUCACACACAGUUGCUGGAGAAGACAAUUGAAGGUAUUACAUUGGAGGACUUUGACAAAUUAUCUUUCAAUAUGAUUUUAAUGAGCCCACCGUGUCAGCCAUUUACAAGAAUUGGCCUGCAGGGUGAUAUGAGUGAUCCGAGGACAAAUAGCUUCUUACAUGUCCUGGAUAUCCUUCCAAGAUUACAGAAAUUACCAAAAUAUAUUCUUCUGGAAAAUGUUAAAGGGUUUGAAGUAUCUUCUACAAGAGACCUAUUGAUACAAACAAUAAAAAAUUGUGGCUUUCAGUACCAAGAAUUUCUAUUAUCUCCAACCUCUCUUGGCAUUCCAAAUUCAAGGCUAAGGUAUUUCCUCAUUGCAAAGCUUCAGUCAGAGCCACUACCUUUUCAAGCCCCUGGUCAGGUACUGAUGGAGUUUCCCAAAAUGGAAUGUGGGCAUCCACAAACAUAUGCAGUAGAUGCAGAAAAGAAAAUUAAAGAAGAGAAAAUUGAAGCCAGUGCUUGCUUAGAAAGCAGCACACACUGUUCUGGAAAGGAUGGCAUUCUUUAUAAACUUGAAACAGCUGAAGAAAUUGAGAGAAAAUACCAACAGAACAGCGAUCUCUCUGUGAAAAUGCUAAUGGAUUUUCUCGAAGAUGACAUUGAUAUGAGUCAGUACUGUUUACCACCCAAGUCAUUGCUACGAUACUCCCUUUUAUUUGAUAUUGUCAGCCCUACUUGCAGAAGGUCCACGUGCUUCACCAAGGGUUAUGGAACCUACAUUGAAGGGACAGGAUCUGUGUUACAGACUUCAAAGGAUGUGCAGAUUGAGAAUAUCUACAAUUCCCUUUCCAAUUUGCCAGAAGAAGAAAAGCUAACAAAAUUGGCAAUGCUUAAACUGCGAUAUUUCACGCCUAAAGAAAUAGCAAAUCUCCUUGGAUUUCCUCCAGAUUUCGAAUUUCCUGAGAAGAUAACAAUGAAGCAGCGUUACCGUCUACUUGGAAAUAGUCUCAACGUGCAUGUUGUAGCUAAACUAAUCAAGAUCCUAUGUGAAUAAUUCUGAAAUAAC